UCUCUCUCUCUCUCUCAACUUUCCCACUCUCACAGUUCUCUCUUCUCCACAGCAAUGGCGAGCGAGCAAGACAUGAGCAACUGGACCGAUCUCCUCCAUUCCUCCACCAAGCUUCUCGAGCAAGCUGCCCCUUCCGCUCAGUUCCCUCCUCUCCAGAGAAAUUUAGAUCAGUUAGAAGCAUUAUCUAAGAAGCUCAAGGCAAAAACUCUCAGAACUGAGGCUCCAUCGCAAUCAAUUGCUGCGACGAGGCUUCUUGCACGUGAGGGAAUAAAUGCUGAGCAGCUUGCACGUGAUCUGAAGUCUUUUGAAUUGAAGACAACAUUUGAGGAUGUUUUCCCUGCUGAGGCCACAACUGUUGAGGAGUAUCUGCAGCAGGUCCAUGAAAUGGCAAUGGUUUCGGCUGUCCAGGAAGCUCAAAAGGAUAAUCUGAGAAGUUUCAAUGAUUAUAUGUUGAAAGUCUUGGAGGAGGAUUGGCAAAAGGAGAAACGUGAUAGUCUUCAGAACUUAAGUCGAAUUUCCACAUUACCACGGACUAAUAUGAUAGUUAGCAGCAGUGGGGGUGCUCGCUCUGGUCAGAUAGUGUCGAUGACUUCCAGCCCUCAGGUUUCAUCUGGUGCAUCAAGCAUGGAGAUUGUACCUCUAGCUAACAAGCCUACCCUUGAGAAAAAAGCAACAGUCUAUGCUAAAGUUGUAAAGGAUCUGAAUAAUGCAAGGGAACGUGGCUUGCCAUUUAAACCUGCAACAGCAUUUAAGAGUGCAUAUGAAAGUCUAGGCCUUGAUGCAUCUGGCGGAAAAUCAGUUAACAUGCAGAAGAUAUGGCACCUUGUUCAGGCAUUGAUUGGUGAAGACUUGACUACUCAACGGAGCAUGUCGAAGAAGAUGUCUUUAGUUGUUGGUGCAAGGUGCCACCUUGAACGGGGGCAUGAAAAAUAUAUAAUGGAUACUAUUCAAAGUCGUCCUGCCCAGGCUGCGCUCGGUGGGGUUGUCGGAAACAUGCAAAGAAUUCGUGCCUUUCUUCGGAUUCGUUUGAGGGAUUAUGGAGUCCUAGACUUUGAUGCAGGUGAUGCUCGUAGGCAACCUCCUGUUGAUACUACUUGGCAGCAGAUAUUCUUUUGCUUGAGAACUGGUUACUACGAUGAAGCAAGAAAUGUUGCUCUUUCUUCCCGUUCUUCACAUCAGUUUGCUCCUCUGCUCACAGAAUGGAUCAAUACUGGGGGUAUGGUUCCAGCAGAAAUUGCAGCUGCUGCAUCAGAAGAAUGUGACAAAAUGUUGCGAAUGGGUGAUCGCCUGAGUCGAAAUGCAUAUGACAAGAAAAAAUUGCUAUUAUAUGCUAUCAUAUCUGGGUCACGCAAGCAAAUUGACCGAGUGUUGAGAGAUUCACCAACACUUUUCAAUACAAUCGAGGACUUCUUGUGGUUCAAAUUAUCGGCUGUACGAGACUGCACUGUUGGUCCCCAAUCUGUUGUUUUAAGUGAUGGUUUGGUACCAUACACUCUGGAUGAUUUGCAGGUUUACCUAAAUAAGUUUGACCCCUCAUAUUAUACAAAAAAUGGAAAGGAUCCUCUAGUGUACCCUUAUGUUUUGCUUUUAAGCAUCCAGUUGCUGCCAGCUAUUCUAUACUUGUCGAAGGAAGCGGGAGAUGAAGGAUACAAUAUUGAUGCUGCACACAUGUCAAUUGUGCUGGCAGACCAUGGGAUCCUUUCUGAAGGUGUCGGGGCUGGACAAAAGUUGGGGUUGAUGGAUGCUUAUGCAGAGGCUUCUACCAUAAUUAGGCAGUAUGGAUCUUUGUAUCUACGUCUUGGUGACCUUCCAACAGCACUAGAAUAUUAUGCGCAAGCUGCUGCAGCAGUUGGUGGUGGACAGUUGUUAUGGUCUGGGCGAGGUACUGCAGAUCAACAAAGGCAGAGAAACUUGAUGCUGAAGCAACUCCUUACUGAGCUGUUACUGGGAGAUGGUGGAAUCUAUGUUUUACUUGGUUCAAGAGGUGCUGGGGAAGAAGGUGAAUUGAGCCGGUUUUUCAUUGAUGAUAAAGCAAGAAAACAGUUCUUGCUUGAAGCUGCUCACCGCUGUCGAGAAGCUGGAUUAUAUGACGAGUCUAUAGAAAUUCAAAAAAGAAUUGGGGCAUUCUCAAUGGCAUUGGAUACAAUUAACAAGUGCCUAUCCGAAGCAAUCUGCGCCCUCUCACGUGGUAGAUUGGAUGGUGAAAGCCGGACAGCUGGCCUCAUUCACUCAGGAAAUGAGAUCCUAGAGAGUUAUAAGUAUCACGUUGAUGUCAGUCCGCAAGAGAGAGAGCAUGUUACCGAACAGCAGACUGUUCUAAGGCAACUUGAGGCAAUACUGUCAGUCCACAAAUUUGUGAAAGUGGGUCAUUAUAUUGAUGCUCUGAGGGAGGUUGCAAAACUUCCAUUUCUUCCACUGGAUCCUCGAACUCCAGACACUGCCACUGAUGUGUUUCAAAAUCUCUCUCCUCAUGUCCAAGCUUGCAUUCCUGACCUUCUUAGAGUUGCACUUACUUGUCUAGACAAUGUGACUGACUCCGAUGGAUCACUUCGUGCCCUGAGGGCUAAGAUCGCAACUUUCAUUGCAAAUAAUUCAAGUCGGAAUUGGCCUCGUGAUUUAUAUGAAAAGGUUGCAAGGACCCUGUGAACUAUAAGAAAAGAAAAAAGCAAUGGCGGCUUUAGAUGUCCAUGCGGUCGAGCAAAUCCAAAUUACAUGUAACCAUGAUUAAAUUUUUUCUUCUUGUAAAUUCUAUGGGAAUCAUCAGAGUUGAGCAUUUCGCUGUGUUGAUCAGUGAUAUUGGUGAGGUGAAGAAAAGUUUAGAGGUAAUAAUAGGAACUGGAAGUUAGUUGGUUAAGUGAUUGUUUAGUUGUUGUUACUUGUUAGUAUUUUUUUAAGCAGUUUGUUAUCAGUUUGUUAGAAGGGUUAGAAUUAUAAAAGGGAAAGGUUAGUAGUCAGGGGAUGGAGGGAUUUAAUGAGUGUGAAUUUAGAGAAAACCUUUGGGAGAGCUAGUAGACCUCUCGAAAGUCUGCAAGUGGGGUAGGUUUCCCAGGGGGGUGUUAAAGAUCUACUUGUUCUGCUAUUUUUGAAGCUAGAUCUCGUGUAAUAGUAGAAAUAAUCUGCAAUCUUUAUAACCUAUGGUUUGUUACAAAGCAUCUAUAAUUUGCACAUGUUUCC